AUGCCCGGGACAAAAGAUAUUGUUGACAGAGUAUGUUUUCCAAACGUUCUCCGCAACUGUUCAUUGACUUCGUUGAAAAGAAUCUUUGACUUCUUCGUUGUCAUGGUUUUGGUUAUGGUGUCACUAACUUUGAUCUACAAACCCGCAAAGAUAUUUCGCCGUCACAGAAGAACAUUGUCAUACGAAGAACCUGUUGUAGAUGUCGUACUGUCAAGCGAUUUCUCGGACGAUGGAUUUUUUUUUAUUCCAUUCCACGAGAAAGAAAAAUACCUGUCGUAUGAGCCACCAGUUGGCAGUUGGAGUAAACAGCUUCAAGCUUUUGAGAAUGCCGUCAUAAUAUCCAAAAUGCUAAACAGAACUCUUCUCGCUCAGCCUUUGGCCAGUGAACUAGAAAUAAAGCGACUUUCGCGAGUCGUCCAACGAACUUUUCAGCCUGACUCAAAGGUCUUUGACAUUUUGGACACAAAAUUCACCGUCCCAAUUUCCUCCAUAGUAGACCUGAAUCACUUAUCCAAGCUGAUCAGGGUUCGAAGUGUACCUCAUCGACAGUUUAUAAACAAUUUUGAAAACUUGACACGGUUCGAUGUCUGUCAUCGCGACUCAGUAGGUUUUUGGGUCGAUUUUGUGCCAUCUGCAACUAAUAAAAACGCUUGGAAAGUGCUCGAAGCGCAAAACUUUUCUCCUUUGUCAUUCCCUGUUUCUGCAGUAGACCCUGCUUGUGAUUAUGGACUUGAGGUGAAAAGUGGUUCUUACCAUCCCAAACCUGUUAUAAGAGGGAUCAUCUCCGAGCUAAGCAGUGUUAAGGAGGAUGUGUUAUAUUUUCGUGCAGGAUCCAUAGCAACCUCUGACAUACGAUUUCUGUCCAGGGGACGGACAGCACUGGCGCAAGAAUGGACCGAUAACUACAUUCGUUUUACACGAUAUGUUCAGGAAAAGUUUCAAAGAAUCAUGGCAAAAAUAAAACAGCCGUACAAUGCAAUGCUGAUAUCAAGAAACGAAGAAAGAAAUAUAAGCAAUAUUCUUCAUUACAGAUUAAAACAAAUGGAAAAGAGGAAAUUUCGUAGCAUAACAAAUGUUUUGUAUGUAAUUACUCAUGUAAACAACCUGUCACAUUUUGAACCGUUACAAACUCAGGGCUAUGAGAUAUACUUAUCUAACGAUCUAUAUCCUUCAGGGAUUAGCUCAUUCGUACGGUACGAUGUGACAGAACUCCUUGGAUUAGUAAUUUGUAAAUAUGCUAGACUAUACUCAGGCUCGACGGAGCCGUACCUCAUUCGACGAGGUCGCAUUCAUGAGGCCGAAAAGAAGGAUGGUCUCCUUGUUGAUCACGUAGCUGUCAGGUGGGCGGGGCACACUGUCAAGAGAAGACAUCGCAUCUUACCGCCUCGCAACGCGACAAGCUACGGGCAGCUGAAUUUGAGAACUCAUAAAGCAAAUUACAUUUCUUGUACAAUUUGUAAAUUUAUGCAUAAUACGCUCAGACACCAAAUUUGCGUUCCACUAAUGAGUGAGUGUUCAAAGUUAAGACUUAUUUAG